AUGUCAUCAGUUGAUUCACAAUUAUAUGAAUGGUGGUUAUAUGAAGAAGCAUCUUUAGAAUGUAAUAAACGUAAUGUUGAUAUGUUUUGUCAUCAUAGACGUGUACAACUUAUUUUACUUGAUACAUGGAGAUAUGUUACACAACUUCCUAUACAAGUCAUGAAUCAAUUAGCUAAUCGACCUAUGGAAUCUUAUUGGACUACAAGACCGUUUAAUAAAAAUGUUAUUAAACAAAUAGAUCAAAAUCAUCAAAUUUCUUUUUCACAAUGUCUUAAUUGGACUGAAAUAAAUGCUACAAAUAUACGUCAAAAAAUGAUGAAUGACAAAAUUCGACCAUUAUUUAAAGGUCAUAGUGAUGGACGAAAUCCUUUAUGUGGUCAAAUUAAUUUACUUUCAAUAAAAACACCAAAAAUUUCAUCAUCAUUUGAUAAUCAACCACAAACAUUAAAUAAAAAACGUCCAGCUCCAGCAUAUUUUUCUGAUGAUACAAUGGAUACAAGUACUAGUCAUCAUUAUCGACCACCAUUUGGUAAACCACCACCACCACAACAACAACAACCACAAAUUUCACAAGAUUCAUUAUCAUUUCGUACAGCACGUGAUCAAUUAGAAAUUGAUGAAGCACGUACAAAAACCAAUGGUGUUGUUGUUAAAAAGUCCCUUGGUAUGCAUUCAUCAGCCAAACGUUCAAUAUAUAAUCGUUAUGUUGAUCCAACUGGUGGACGACAAACACAAGGAGAUUCUAAUCGACAAAUGAUGCUACUUCCAUCAACAUCAUCGGCACCUGUUUUAUCAACAAAUCAAUCAAAUAAUACGGAAAUUUCAAAUAAUAAAUUAGAAGAAAGUGCUGCUGUUGCUGCUGUUGCUGCUAGUGGUGGUGCUGGUGCUGGUGCUGUUGCUGCUGCUAGUGGUGGUAGUGGUGGUGGUGCUAAACAUAUUGAUCCUAAAUUAAUUGAAAUGAUUACUAGUGAGAUCAUGGAACUUAAUUUAACAACAACAUGGAGUGAUAUUGCUGGUUUGACUGAAGCUAAAAGAUCUAUAACAGAAAUAGUUGUUUGGCCAAUGCAACGACCUGAUAUAUUUACUGGAUUAAGAAGACCACCGAAAGGUUUACUUCUUUUUGGUCCACCAGGUACCGGAAAAACUCUUAUUGGUAAAUGUAUUGCUAGUCAAUCGAAAGCAACAUUUUUUUGUGUUUCAUCAUCAUCAAUGACAUCAAAAUGGCAUGGUGAAAGUGAAAAAUUAGUUCGAGCAUUAUUUGCAGUAGCUCGUUCACGUCAACCAUCUGUAAUAUUUAUUGAUGAAGUUGAUUCAUUACUUCAAGAAAGAUCAGAAAAUGAAGAUGAAUGUACACGUCGUAUUAAAACAGAAUUUCUUGUACAAAUUGAUGGAGCAAGUACACAAGGUGAAGAACGUAUUUUAUUAAUUGGUGCUACUAAUCGACCACAAGAACUUGAUUCAGCAGCUCGUCGACGUUUUGUUAAACGUAUUUAUAUUCCAUUACCUGAUUUAUCAGCACGAAAAGCAAUUAUAUCAAAUUUACUUAAAGAUCAAAAACAUAUUUUAACAGAUAAUGAUAUGGAACAUAUAUGUACACUUACAGAUGGUUUUAGUGGUGCUGAUAUGCAUAGUCUUUGUCAUGAUGCUGCUUUAGGACCUAUUCGUGAUAUACAUGAUAUUGAAUUACUUUCAAGUGAAGAAGUACGUGGUAUUUCACUUGAAGAUUUUGUUAAAUCACUUAAAGCAAUUCGACCAAGUGUAUCCGAAAGUGAUUUAAAACAAUAUGAAGAUUGGAAUAAAGCAUAUGGUUCUAUUUAA